UGAAGAGACCCACAGCAGGCAAAGGACGGGUAAUCUCUGAGUGAGAGCCUGUGAGCUUUCCCCCAUCCCAAUUGAAAAUGCCCCAGGCUCCGGCUUCCCCGACUGUGCAACUAACUCAUAACCCAUGCAAGGCCAUCUCAAAGCUAGUCUAGCCCAAGGCUGAUCUUUGUCUGCCCCAUCUUGCCAGCAUCUCACAGUUUCUCCGAAGUGUGGAUGCAGGCACAUGGAAACCAUGUAUGCUGCUCCACAGGCACCAGUCCCUCCUUACUUUUAGGCUAUGAACUGAGACCCCAGACUGUGAGGGGUGCCGAUCUGUGGCUCUUGUUACUAUGCCCAGUUUCAUCUACCAGAUAACAUUGAGAGCACUGGGAUUCAGUACACCUGAACAUUUCCAUGCAAACACAUUCUGUGUGGCAUUGUUUUCCUCCUGUUAGAUCGUGCAUGCUUGGCUUAAUAAUGGGAACCACUUGCAGAAUUAACUUUCUAUAUCAGGUGGUCCUUGUCCCAGUCAGAAAGGGACCUUGAACCAAGCUUUGAGUGAGAUGCACGUGUGUGUUCUCUGUAAGGCCAGCUGUAGUUCUUGUUGAUCUCUAAAACUUGCUGAGUAGAAGCCUUUCCUGUUGCCAGUAGCCAACAUAACUAUCUUUUACUUGAUGUUUUCCUUAUCUACCUUCUGCUUGUGCAAGUGGAGAAGCAGAGACAAGCCAAGGAGAGCCGCUUCUUCAUCCACAGAACAGGCACAUAAAGGAAAAUGAAGUUUUCCUGCCUCUCCUUCCGGCAGCCCUAUGCUGGUUUAAUCUUAAAUGGAGUCAAGACUCUUGAGACACGUUGGCGUCCCCUAUUGAGGAGCCAUCAGAAAUGUACCAUCGCCAUCCACAUUGCUCACAGGGACUGGGAAGAUGAUGCCUGGCAGGAGGUGCUCGUAGAGAGGUUGGGAAUGACCCUGACACAGAUUCAGACCUUACUACAGGAAGGAGAAAAAUAUGGCAGAGGCGUGAUAGCUGGACUUGUUGACAUUGGAGAGACUUUGCAGUGUCCAGAAACUUUACCUGCCAAUGAGGUUGUAGAACUGGAAACACAAGCUGUGCUAACCAACCUGCAGCAGAAGUACCUGACUCCAAUUUCAAACCCCAGAUGGUUACUAGAGCCCAUACCUAGAAAAGGGGGGAAGGAUAUAUUCCAGGUAGAUAUCCCAGAGCACCUGAUCCCUCCGGGGAAGGGGUGGAGCAGUGAAUGCUCUAGAGAACAGUGCCAAGAAAACAAGUAAAUAAUGGCCCUGCCAUUAGUCCAUCAUAGUAUAAACCUCUAAAUAUCACGGUGACUCGAAACCAUUGCUGCCAUGUAGACCACAGCCCACUCUAUGCUAUUCCCAGACUCAGACUGCUAUGCUCUCAAUGACAGGGAUAGCAGUGAGGACUUCCCAUCUACUGUGGCUAUGUCAUUGAGAUGCAAAACCUCAAGAACCUUGGCCUUUAUAGAAAAGGAAAACUGC